CCUCGCCCCCGCUGCCGGGAAGGAGGAGGCGCUGGGGUAAAUCCCCGGGCAGCACCUGGGGCAGCUGGUUCCUGAGGGGAGGUGGGGUCUGUCUGUCCUGAUCCCGGCUGAGCAGGCUGUCCCGGGGGCUGUCGGCAGAGCAAACCCAUCAGGCUCCUCUGGGGGUUAGCGUCCUGGUCAGCAGGAAUAGUUUCCGUGCCUCUCUCACCUGACAGAGGUUUGGGAGAGCGGAAGGGAUGGCUUCGGCUGAGGCUUCUCUGGGGCCGCCUUUGGCUUAGCCCAGUGGAGCGAAACACGGUGUUAACUGGUGAAAAUAAGGUACCUUCAGCCUUAAAGCUGCGAGGGAAGGCAGCAUCCUGCCUCCGCACAGGGACGGGCGGUUCCCAGGUGGAAUCUGGCACCUCAAGCUUGCUUUUGCUAAACGGGUGGAGGUGGAUGUGGAUAAACCUUGCAAGCACAGUACAGUGAAAACAAAACCUUCAGGGGAAACAGGUAGGAACCUCUUAGCCUCUUUUCUCUCAUUUGAGCUUUGUGGGAAUUCUGCUCGUGGAAAGAGCCGAGUCCUUGUUGUGACUUUGCAAUCCUGUUAUCCUCUAGUUUUACUAGUUCAGAGCUAGGCUGGUCUCAACAUACCCACCUCCUUCUCCAGGGAGGGUGGAAAAAUAAGUACUUUGUGCGUUCACUCUGAAAUGAAUUUGAGGGCUGGUCUGACUGCUCCGUGUUUGGGAUAUGAGAGGUUCCAUUUCCCUGGUCACUGGCUGUGUCAGCAAGCGUGGAAUUUCAGGAGAGCAGGCUUAAGGUGAUGUUGCUGCUGGGAGGAGAGGCCUCUGCACCCCGUUUGCAGCCCUUCUGCCGGUGUGCGGGUGUCGGUGGGUGUGUGUUGGGCUGGAUUCAUCCCGCUGAGCUUCCCGGGAUGAGCACCCGGCGCCUGGACCCGCUGGUGUGUGGAGCCGGGAGCGGCAGGUCCGGCCUCUCGGCGGUGUCAGGGAUCAACAUCAGCUAAGCUGCUUGUAAAAGCGUUCCCUGAGGCUGCACUUCCCUGGACAGAAUACCAGUUUGUGAGAGGAAGAGCAAAGAGAGCAAAUGACAACAAACUGAUGGACUGUUACAUCUUCCAAAAAUGAGCCUAUUCACACUUUUCUACUGGAAACUGACAUGUCUUGAAGAGAGAAGAAUUCAGUGCUGGACUGUCCUAAACAUUUCAUCUCAUGGUGCAACUUCAGAGAACUGCUUGAUUUACCUGACUUGAAGAGGAGGCCCAUGUGCAGUAAGCCAAGAGGACAUGGGCUUUCAGUGCAUCUGGAAAAAUGAUCAGGUCCUGGGUCCACGUGUCACAUCUGAACUUUGUUGUCCUCGUUCUCUGAACACCACCUCAGACCAUCUCCUUGAUGCACACUCACGGCAUCAUGGCCAGCACUCAGGAGCGCCUGAGCUUGUCUUCCUCUCCAAACUCAGUCAGCAAAGCUCUCUGUGAAGACAAAGACUUCAGUAGGUUACAGGAGGAGCCUGCACCUACAGGAACCCACCCGUCCCCUGAGCUCCUAGAGGAUGUCCAUGAGAAGGGCUCUCUGCAGGCAGACCUCAUCGAGAACAUGAGCAGCCCGGUGACGGCGGCCGUGCUGACCAGCAUCAGCGAGGACUCCAGGGACCAGUUUGAGAACAGUGUGCUGCAGCUGAGGGAGCAGGACGAGCCCGAGACACCCAUUCCUCAGGGCAACAGGAGCACAGUGGAUGGAGAGAGCAAUGGUGGGGCAGAGGAGGUGAAAGUCCAGUUCAACAGGUCGGGCAGCGGGAGCGGUGGGUUCCUCGAGGGGCUUUUCGGUUGCCUGAGGCCCGUGUGGAACAUCAUAGGCAAGGCUUACUCUACAGACUACAAGCUGCAGCAGCAAGACACCUGGGAGGUCCCGUUCGAGGAGAUCUCGGAGCUGCAGUGGCUGGGCAGCGGGGCGCAGGGAGCCGUCUUCCUGGGCAAGUUCCGGGCCGAGGAGGUGGCCAUCAAGAAAGUGAGAGACCAGAACGAAACAGAUAUCAAGCACCUGAGGAAACUCAAACAUCCGAACAUCAUUGCGUUCAAGGGAGUCUGCACUCAAGCCCCCUGCUACUGUAUCAUCAUGGAGUACUGUGCUCACGGGCAGCUCUACGAGGUCCUGCGAGCGGGGCGCAAGGUCACCCCGCGGCUGCUGGUGGAUUGGUCCACAGGGAUUGCCAGUGGGAUGAACUACCUGCACCUGCACAAGAUCAUCCAUCGGGACCUCAAGUCACCAAAUGUUUUAGUUACACACACAGAUGCAGUAAAAAUUUCAGAUUUUGGUACAUCUAAAGAACUCAGUGAUAAAAGUACCAAAAUGUCUUUUGCUGGAACUGUGGCUUGGAUGGCCCCAGAGGUGAUACGCAACGAGCCCGUCUCUGAGAAGGUGGAUAUCUGGUCGUUUGGGGUGGUUUUGUGGGAGCUGCUCACAGGGGAGAUUCCCUACAAGGAUGUGGACUCUUCAGCCAUCAUCUGGGGAGUGGGCAGUAACAGCCUGCACCUUCCUGUCCCUUCCACCUGCCCAGAUGGCUUCAAAAUCCUCAUGAAGCAGACCUGGCAGAGCAAGCCCCGCAAUCGUCCCUCCUUCCGGCAGACUCUGAUGCACCUGGACAUCGCGUCUGCAGACGUGCUGGCUACUCCUCAGGAAACCUAUUUCAAGUCACAGGCUGAAUGGAGAGAAGAAGUGAAGAAGCAUUUUGAGAAAAUUAAAAGUGAAGGAACUUGUAUCCAUCGGCUGGAUGAGGAAUUGAUUCGCCGGCGAAGAGAAGAGCUCAGACACGCACUGGAUAUCCGUGAGCACUACGAGAGGAAGCUGGAGAGAGCCAAUAACUUGUACAUGGAGCUCAGUGCCAUCAUGCUGCAGCUGGAGGUCCGGGAGAAGGAGCUCAUCAAGAGGGAACAAGCAGUGGAAAAGAAAUACCCUGGGACUUACAAACGCCACCCAGUCAGACCAAUUAUCCACCCCAACACGGUGGAGAAGCUGAUGAAGAGGAAAGGGGUGUCCCAUAAACCAGGCAGCCAGACCAAACGGCCAGAUCUGCUGAGGUCAGAGGGCAUACCCAGCGCAGAAGCAGCAUCCAACGGCUCCCCAGUCUCAGGAAGUCCCAAAAUGUCGACGCUGAGUGGCAAAAGCCGCUACCGCAGCAAGCCCCGCCACCGCCGCGGGAACAGCAAAGGCAGCUACAACGACUUCGCGGGCAUCUUGAAAAACCAGCCGGUGCAAGACGACGCACCCCCCCCACCUCCCCCUCCCCAUCUUUCCCAUCACCCCAGCCCCCAGCAGCAGGGCCACGGCCACCCCUCCCGGCUCCACGCCCACGGGCAGGACAUCGCCACCUGCGCCAACAACCUGCGGUACUUCGGCCCCGCCGCCGCCCUGCGCAGCCCCCUCAGCAACCACGCCCAGCGGCGCGUGUCGGGCUCCAGCCCCGACCUCAUCUCCACGGCCAUGGAGGCAGACUGCAGGAGGAACCUGGAGAGCCCAGAAGGCAAAGCCGAUCGCUGGGAGUGCUGCAAAGCGGAUCCCUACCACUCCUGCCUCCCGUGCAGGGAAGAGGAGGGCGGCCGGGUUCAGCCGUCGCCUGCUGAACCGGGGCUGAGCCAUUCCCAGUCACCAACGUCUGUCUCCCUGUAUGAAAACGCCCAGUUCAUGGAGAAGAUGGAGGAAGAGGGCUUCAGCAGCUGUCAGGCAGCCCCUGCCCUGGGCACUCCGCAGCACGUGGCUUCCUCAGUGCUUCCUUGCAAAGGAAGACCCCUUCAGAAGAGCGGUGACGACUCUUCGGAAGAGGAAGAGGGCGAAGUGGACAGUGAAGUGGAGUUUCCUCGUAGACAAAGACCUCACCGCUGCAUCAGCAGCUGCCAGUCCUACUCCACCUUCAGCUCAGAGAACUUCUCCGUGUCCGACGGAGAGGAGGGGAACACGAGCGAUCAUUCCAACAGCCCGGAUGAGCUGGCCACCAAGCUGGAGGAUGAGCUGGCUGAGAAGCUGGAGGACAUGCUGUCUCAGACUCCAGAGAUCCCCAUAGAAAUCUCCACCCAGUCUGAUGGGCUUUCAGACAAGGAGUGUGCCGUGAGGAGGGUCAAGACUCAGAUGUCUCUGGGCAAACUGUGUGCGGAUGAACACAGCUGUGAGAACCCAGCACAGUUUGGAGAAUCGGACUGUGACUCUUCUGAAGGGGAGUGUUCUGAUGCCACAGUCAGGACCAAUAAGCCCUGCAGCUCUGCUACUUGGUAAUACAGAUCUCCCCCAAAGCUUCCUGAUACUGGCAUUUUGAUUUCCCCAAGAUUCCACUUCAUUCCCCUUCAUCACACUUUAUAGGAAGAGAAGAUGCUUCUCCUUCCCACCCCAGGAGUGAUUUGCAAUAACCUGAACCUCUGGAAAAUGUCCAAAUGAAAUUAAUUCUCUUUGAGCAUUUCAAUCAAGAAUGGCAGGGAUGUAUUUUAUUGAAUAAUCUAGUUACUGUAACAUGGAUAUUUAUUUUUUUGACAUUUUAACACUUUUUACUGUAAAGAGUGGAUUGUAUUUAUAGACACACAGACUUGUUGCAAAAAACAAACAAACAAAAAAAAAACAUUCAGAAAGCAAGCACAUUACAGAGAAACAUCCUGGGAGUCCUGCCUGGACAGCUUUGUGUACAGACACGGGGGAUUCUCUUGCUGCUUUCACAGGGGACCAGGCCUCGUGGCCCUGAAGAUUGGAGAACAGAUCAAGAAAACUAAACCACUCAGUCUUAUCAAAUGAGGAAGCAUAAACAGACCUUAACUGUAGGGUAACCUGUGAACAAAGCAUAUUCAGUAUAACCAGCUGGGUCAUUUUUAAUCAGAAGGUGGACAUGUUCCUGGAGAAAAUUGGUACUGAGGUGCUAACAUCCAGGGUCUUCUGAGUCGAUACAUCCCCAGGAAUGUAACAGUGGGUUUUAUUUUCAGGAUUUUUAGUUUCUUUUUUUAAUCAGCGUUUUGUCGUGAGAUCCUGCAAAUGUAUUCUAACCUCGUCCUCUCAAGAACUGGUGUAAGAGCACUUCUUAACAUCCUCCUUGCUCCACUCUGGCAGUGUCAAUCUCCAGUUGAGCAGGGAAACCUCUUUCAGAUGCAGUGUGCCAUUUCCCAGUUUGCUUCCUCCUCUUACCUCCUGCCUGUUCCAGUCAGUCAAAGAAAUCAAUCAAAUCAGUGUUGGAAAAGCAAGAACUCUCAAAAGGUGGAAAGCACAUUCUGCAGAGCCCGAGCACUCUUCUGGGGAGGAAGCUGGAGAUGCCUGUACUGGACUUGGAGAAGCAGUCUCUCACCUACAACAGCACCCAUAACCAGCAGAGAGCUGUGUGUUGAGGGGGAAGACUGGGAAUCACUGGUCGGGAUAAGAGCCCUGCUCUGUCUCCUUGUUCACUGUACGUUCUUGAAAGCAUUAGCAGCUGCCUGCCCUUCACGUCAGGCUUUGUGCAAAGCAGGUUGCACAGGGAGUCUUGAUGGUGGUGGCUGUGGCACAGCUGUGUCUCAGGUGUACCCUGGGGCCUCCCUUUCUCCUUCAAGCUGAAACUCUGCAGGUGGAAGUGAGGAUGGGGCUGGUAUGUGACAGGCUGAGGCAUUGGCAGAUGAGAGAAAAGUGUGUUUUCUGAUAGAACUCAUAGUGCCUUCCCUUCAAACACUACUCUUCUAAAUCAAUAUUUAAAGAGAACAAAAUGAUAGAGCACGUUCCCUUCUCCCCCCCCCCCCCCUUAGUUGAUGUCCCCCUACAAGAGCUUUCCCUCUGCCCUUCCCAGCGUGCAGGCUGGUGGGACCGUGCCACACGUGUGGCACGUGCCUGUGCUGGGGGGUUGCUGCUCUGCAGACCAGCACACCAGCCUGAGCUGAAGGGCAGGAGUGGACUAUGGACAGGUACUUCUGUUGCUUUGUUUGUUUACAUUUUAUGUUAAAAUAUUGGUUUGAAUUUAACUGUGGUAAUUUAUAGCCUCGUGGCAAAAUGAAGGAAAAAUGUCUUAUACAGAGAGCAGUAUUGUAUGAGUUAAAUUAUCCCAUAUUUUUAAAUUUUUGUAGCUGGACUACACACAGAUCUUUUAAGUUAUGAUGUUAUUUUAUUAUUUAUUAUCAUUUCUGUAGAUCAGAAGGUUGGCUUCACCUCUAGCACAACUGUUUGUGUGAUGUUCCUUCUCCCCGGUCGCUGCUGGGACGGGAGCAGGGCUGGGCUCAGGGGCUGUCAGCAGGGGCUGCCUCCCGGGAUUCCCAAGGAUGCUGUUAUCCCGGGGUGGAGAGCCUGUCAGGGCUGGGUGCAGGCAGCCCCGGGGGGCCCUGGGGUGCUCCUCGGGGUCGAAGCUGCGUUUUGCUCACCUUGCCAGGCGAGGUGGCAGCCCCUGAGCUGGUGGGGAGUGGUGACCAGGGAGAGAGCGACUUCUGAAUUGAUGGCAAAGCGAAUCCACCAUCCCGGGGUCCCUCAGCAGGAGCAUCCAGAGGGGUGAGUGUGAGAUCCGGGGUGGCCAGCAGGGGAUCCCCGUGGUGGAUCACCCGUGCGGGACCAAAGAGGUUGCUGGAGAGGAGCCACCAGCUCAGCCUGUGCUGUGGGGAGUGAGGCUCGUUCCUGGCUCCUUCCUUGUUUCCUCUCUCUUCCCGUUCCUCGUAGCUCCUCCCAAAUGUUCUCCAUCCCUCGGGCAGCAGGAGGAGGAGGUGGCAGGGCCAGAGGUGGCUUUGCUGUCACAGUGUCAGAGGGGUUUUGGGUGUGGAAGAGGUGGUGCAGAUGCCUAUUGCUCUGGAGGCCAGGGUGCAGGGCUUUCACAGGGGAGAACCGUGGGCACCUGACAUGCACUCUAAAAGAGGAAAACCAAACUGCUGCCUCAAGAGAGGCUGAGAACCUGCCAUCAGGUGUGUCCCCCAGCAGAGGGUGCCAGGCCCUUCACCCCUGGAGGGGCUCUGCUGCUCAGGGCUGGCAGGAUGCUGAGCUGCUCCCUGCCCCUGGGCACUUCCCUGUCACCCUGGCCACGGCCCUGGGGGCAGCCCUGCUCUCCUGGGGGCAGCCCUGCUCUCCUGGGGGCAGCCCUGCUCCUCUGGGGGCAGCCCCACAGCCACGGGCCCCAAGCAGGGCUGCUCCGUGCAGGGAUUUCAGCCUGUUGUGGCUCAGUCCCUAACAAAAAAGGUCCCAGAGGGGUUUGGUGGCUGUGGGCUCUGCUCAGAGCGUGUCAGGAAGCUCCUCUGGGCUUGCAGAGAGGCAGAGCAGCUUUGAUGGGUGGGAUUUUGAGACCCUUCUGAGUGGGCUGUUCCAGGUGUGUGCUGGUUCUUCCCUGUCCUUGCCCAGGGACACGGUGGCCCAUCCUGCAGCUUGGGAAAGCAAAGCUGAGACCCUUCCCGUUGCCUGCUGCCACCCUGGGCUCUAGUCUGUGUGCACACCCGGGUCGUUGUCCUGUUCAGAGCUCAGUGUCACCCCUGGCUGCCCCCCGGGACUGCCCCCCUGCAGGACACGCAGCCCUGGGGGUGCCGUCCCUCGCAGCCCCCGGGGCCGGGGCUGUCAGUCCUGCAGGGCUGGGACGGGCAGGUCCCUUAGCCAGGCCACCCCGACAGACCUCCCUGCACGCUGCUGUGGGUCCCCACACCUCCCCUCCUGGCAGGCUGUGGGGCCCAGGGGUGUCACUCGGCCUCCUCACAGCGUGUUCAGGGCAGGAGGAAACCACCGGGCUCCCUUCUCAGCAUCAGCUUCCCUGCUGCAGUUCUGGCUGCUGACAGCCCCUGAGCACUAGCCUAGAUUUCCUCCCAGAGCUGAAUGUUGCCUUCCCCACUGUCGUGUUGAGUAACCAUUUCAUCUUGGCCCUGUCCAGUAGUGUUCAUCUCUCUCCUCCCUGCUCUGUGGAUUCCUGAUACAAACUUGAUUUAUUUUUAUUUUUUUUUUUGUAUUGAACAGUGUACAGUGAUGGAAACAAGAAUGACUAUCAAAGCAAACAAUGCAUGGAAUAAAAAGCCAGUGUACUUCAA